UCUCUACGCAUGCGCAGGACAGGACAGGACAGGGCCCGGUUUGACCUACAGCAGGAGAAGAUGGCGGCAGCUGCGGGCUUGUCUCAGAAGGUGCGCCACUUCAGUACCUCCCUGCUCCGGCCAGUAUCAAAAUUAGUGCAGCCCCCAAUUCAAGUGUAUGGACUGGAAGGUCGAUAUGCCACUGCACUCUAUUCUGCUGCCUCUAAGCAGAAGAAGUUGGACCAGAUAGAGAAAGAGUUGGCACGGGUGAUGGCACUUAUAAAGGAUCCUAAAUUAUCUGGCGUUGUCAUGAAUCCUCACAUAAAGGCUGCAGUAAAGCAAAAGGCUGUGAAUGAUGCUGUACUUAAAGAAAAACUGUCUCCUAUCACUGUCAAUUUUGUCAAUGUGCUUGCUGAAAACGGUCGCUUGCGUUACACUCCCGGUGUAAUUUCUGCAUUUGCUAAGAUUAUGAGCGCAUACCGUGGAGAAGUGAUAUGCUCUGUAACUACUGCCCAGCCUUUGGAUGAGGCCACUCUUACAGAGUUGAAAACAACAUUGAAUGGCUUUCUAGCUAAAGGAGAAGUAUUGAAACUGGAAGCAAAGACUGACCCAUCAAUUUUGGGAGGAAUGAUUGUCAGCAUUGGCGAGAAAUACGUUGACAUGUCUACAAAGACGAAGAUUCAGAAACUGAGCAAGAUCAUGAAAGAGGCGGUCUAGUCUUUGUCUGGAUAUGUUUGUUUUUUCAUUAAAUCCUAUAUUCAACUCUGUUAUGGAAAGAAUAAAAAUAGUACUUAAAGAGA